AUGGCCUCACCGACUCUCGCUUCCUCAUCUCGAGCUAUACUAUCUUUACCAUCCAUAUCAACCAUUGGAUCUACACGAGGUGUCUUACACAGAGCUAGACCACCUAGGAUAACAGUACUACAAUCGCCUCAUACGCCAAAACUACCAAAACCCACUUCAGGUACAUCGCAUCCUGUCGAUCCUAAAAUUCACGGACAACCCACCUCAUCUACGUCUUCAACUGUAUUGGAGGAUAGUGGAUUAACAUUCCAUCAUUCACCUCCACCAUCGUUACCUUCGUACACUAAUGGAGGGGUACCUCCGUUCUUACAAUGGUUAGGAGGUAAAAGUAUUCGUUUGACAGGUGAAGAGAGUGCUCCGACAUUGAACGAAAGGAUUGUGUACGGAGGGGAAUUGGAAUGGACGGAAGAAAUGGUUUCGAGAAUGAAAGCAUUAAGGGUGGAAGGGAAAAGCAGAAAUGAAAUUGGUAAAGCCCUUCAACUUCCCGGAGACCAAUACAGACUUAUACCUCGAGUUGCACCUCAAACACCCGUACAAGCAGCGAGUAGAAUCACGGAAUUGGAAGAACAGAAAUCUACUUGGGGAUAUAAGAAGAAGGUCGCUAGGGCAAUCAGACAGAAAAGGAAGGAGUUCUGGUAG